AUGCAAGAUUUCCCUUGCAUAAAUUAUGUUCAUGACGUAGUGCAAAAGGCCAAUUUUCUGGCAAUUUUGUCCGACUUUACAGCUGAAAUAGGAUUCUGUGAGACACCUGAAGGAUUCCUGAGGAUCUGAAGUGUUGCAGAAAGGGCUUCGUCAUUAAAUAUUAAGAGAGAGGAGAUCCUAACAUUGCAACCCUCCUUAUCAAUGCAAAUACCUCUUUUGUGUGCAGUCACAGUCUGGGAGCUGAGAUGAAUUUUUAAUUAUGUGUGACUGAAACAAACUGUGACAAGGACCUUUAUAAAAGCGGGGGAUUACAGAAAAUAAGCUGCAUUUACGCGGGCAUUGCAGCAGGAAAUGCACCAUCUUGAAUCUUUUUCUGAUCUGCGAUGAACAUGUCCCACUUCAUGUUCACGAUCAGCGCGUUUCUCCACGUCUCCUGCAGCUGAAGUGCAACACAGCAUGGCCUGUUUUCAGGCCCCUCCAAAAGAGUCUGGACCUGCAAUGACAGAAAUAGCCAUGAAUAAAACAAACAAACAGUCCUCUGCAUGUGGGUCUGAUUUACCCAGCGUUUAGUCCCUGACGUGUGGAUACUAUGGGCUAACAGGGGUCACCAUCAUGCAACUUAAUGUUUAUUUUGACUUCUGAAAUGGCUGCAAGAUAUCAGAAGGAGUCUGACACUACAUCAGAGUUUGUUUACAUGAAUGUUUGUUUGUUCGCAGAAUGUCAGGAAGACAGUGACUGUGGUGGUGCAGUGAGCCAUGAACUCCCAGGAUCCCCCUGCCAAAGAUGCCCCACUCACUGUCAAUGAGCAGGUCAUCGUGAUGUCUGGCCACGAGACUAUUCGUGUGCUGGAGGUGGAGGUCGAUGCGCCAUCGUCACUGCCUGAUGAGAAGAGGGAGGUCAAAGCUGAGGAGGGAGGGGCCCGGCCUGCAGAACAACCUGAUGCUGGCAGCACACAGGAGCUGCCCUAUAGCGCUGGGGGAGUCGUGCUGUCUGAGCAGCAGGUGGUUUCCGUGGACGUUCCCGUUCCUGCUGUCCAAACGCUGACUCCUGCUGUUCCCGUCAGUUUGUCGCUGUCGCAUCACCAGGCCGCCAUGCCCAUCACUGUACAAGGCUGUCCACAGGUGCUGACGCAGGAAAGUUUGGCCUCUCUGAUGACCGGCAUGAUGGCUCAGACUGGAUCCCUGGGGCAGCCGCUGCUCAUCCCCCUCAGUAUGGCCGGCUCCAUCGGGGGCCAGGGCGGUCUGGCUGUUCUCACGUUGCCCACCACUAAUGUCACGACGCUCCCCGGGCUCACUGCGGCCAACGCGGCCGGAAACCUCCUCAAACUGCCGUUUGCUGGCCUCCAAGCGGCCACAGUCCUGAACUCUGUCCAGCCGCAUCUGCAGACAAACGCUCAGACGAUGUUCCAGCCUCAAUCAGCCUCCUUACAGCCCGUGCAGGUGACCAAUGCACAGGUCACCGCUGCUCAGGUGGCGGCAGCCCAGGCGACCACCACUGCCUCGCAGUCCAACAUAUCUCUAGCAGCGCUCCAGAGUGCAGGACUCUCCAUCAACCCGGCCAUUAUCAAUGCUGCUUCUUUGGGAGCUCAGCCCCAGUUCCUCAGCUCCCUCACCUCCACCCCCAUCCUCACCAGUGCCAUGUCCAACAUGGCUGGCAUCACCAGCCAGAUCAUCACAAACGCCCAGGGACAGGUCAUAGGAACCAUCCCGCUGUUGUUGAACCCAGCUUCCCUGGCUGGAGGGACUGCGACAUCCACCCUACAGGGUCUCCAGGGUCUCCAGGGUCUCCAGGGUCUCCAAGGUCUUCAGGGUCUUCAGGGUCUCCAGAGUCUUCAGGGUCUCCAAGGUCUGCACAGUCUCCAAGGACUCCAGGGUCUCCAAGGUCUCCAGGGUCUCCAGGGUCUCCAGGGUCUCCAAGGUCUACAAAGUCUACAGGGUCUCCAGGGUCUCCAGGGGCUCCAGGUCCAGACUGUCACCCCACAGCUGGUUCUCAACUCACAGGGUCAGAUCAUCGCCACACUAGGAAAUGGAUCUGCAGUCGUAACUUCUGCUGCAGUUCUGCCCAAAACCACUGCUCCUCCAACUCUUACCAAACCUAUCACACAGGUAACGAUGGUCAAUCAGGCACCGAUCGUCAUCGCCCCGCAGCCGACCUGUCUGAAGACCGCCACCUCGCUCUCCUCCGCGGUACACAUCACCUGUGGAGACAUGGUUAAAGUGGGCCAGCUUGUCAGCAAACCUCAGCAGGUCGUCAGCGAGGAGGGCAUCAAUCUGGAGGAGAUACGAGAGUUUGCCAAGAACUUCAAGAUCCGCCGGCUGUCCCUGGGGCUCACGCAGACACAAGUAGGGCAGGCUCUGACUGCAACUGAGGGUCCGGCCUACAGCCAGUCUGCCAUCUGCAGGUUUGAAAAGCUGGACAUCACGCCCAAGAGCGCUCAGAAGCUGAAGCCGGUGCUGGAGAAGUGGCUGGCGGAGGCCGAGCACUGGAACCAGAAAGGUCAGCAGAAUCUGAUGGAGUUCGUUGGCGGUGAGCCGUCCAAGAAACGCAAGCGGCGUACGAGUUUCACGCCGCAGGCAAUAGAAGUUCUCAACUCCUACUUUGAGAAGAACGCGUUGCCAACGGGCCAAGAGAUUACGGAAAUGGCGAGAGAGCUAAACUAUGACCGGGAGGUCGUGCGAGUCUGGUUCUGCAACCGGAGACAGACGCUGAAAAACACCAGCAAAAUCAACGUCUUCCAGGAGCAGCUUCACACACAUUCUGUGGACUACAAGCAGGAGAAUUUGUCGUCUGAUGAACACGUAGUUUUCCACCGAUGGACUCCUGCAACAACCAUUUUGGGACAAUCAUCCUUUUGAUACUUCUCGUUGAUCAUCACAAAGAUGAAACUUCCUCUUGUUUGGCUUUCAUGUUUUUAAUCGGCAGCACGAGACGUGUCCACGGAGAGGAUCAUCGGACAACAACGUUUUAGCUUCGGCUGUUGAUGAUGCCACAACUAUAAACUGAUUUUUAUAACGUUUGUUUCAUACUGUAUGUGUGUGUGUGUGUGUGUGUGUGUGUGUGUGUGUGGGUGACACGUGUGUGUCACAGUCUGUAUUUACACUUUAUGUGCGAUAAUACUCAGAGUAUUUUGUGUUUCCUCUUUUUUCACUGUUGUGUUUCUUAAUGGGUUGAUGAUGCGUCUGCUGCAUCUUUUAAAUCUCAAGUUCGAUCAAGUAACAUUUGAGCUUAACGCCUUUUAUCAACUUACAAUUGUCUCGCGUUGCAUAGAAACACUAAGGCCAUAUUUUAACUUUCACUCAGCCUAAUAUCAAUCAAAUCACAGCCAGUUUCUUCUGAAUGAGUUUGAAGAGUGUUUGCAUGCACAGUGUGAAGUUAUGUUGGUGUUUCUUUCUUUAUAUUUGCCAAUUCUUCACAAGUUCUUUGCACUUUAGUGACAACAAAAGGGUUUCAAAUAGUUAAAGUACAGUGAAGGUUUCACUGUAUGUGGGCAAGCAACAUCUAUCAGCAAGAUUACUGAUCUUUCUAUGCAGAUGAAAUGUAAAAUACUGCAGAUUAAACAACGAACAUGCAUUCAUCACGUUCUCUGAUCUUGUGAGUUACACGGUGCAUUUAUGGUUCACCUCACGUUUUACUUUUGAAUAACUUUGAAUCAGUAAGCCUCAAAAUAAUUCAUAUUGCAAAGCUCUUGCUUUAAUAUGUUUUUCCUUCAUGUUCAAUAUGGGAAGACAAUAUAUAAUAUUGUUUAAUAUACUAAUUUAAGAGAAAGGAAGAGCUAAAUUAUUAUAAUAAUAAGAUAUCCGCUGUUAGUUGACACAUUAAAAGUUCAGAGAAAAGGGAAGUUGGAUACUUUUUGUCAUUUUCUGUCAGAUAAGUCAAAUAAACCCUGUUUUUAUUAAUA